AUGAAUAGUGAAGAAGAGUUUUAUGAUGCCGUUACGGGCUUUGAUUCUGACAAUUCGUCAGGAGACUUUUCAGAAGCAAAUCAUAAAGUUGCAGAAAUGCUUGAUCUAGAUCCAAACCAAAGCAACAGGACUGGAAAGCAUAACGGAGAGACAGAGAUUCAAGAAAAUGGAAUUAAGAAACACAGGACAUCAUUACCUGCCCCAAUGUUUUCUAGAAGUGAUUUUAGUGUGUGGAGCAUAUUAAAAAAAUGCAUUGGACUGGAGCUGUCUAAGAUUACGAUGCCUAUUGUCUUCAACGAGCCAUUGAGUUUCCUUCAACGAAUAACAGAAUAUAUGGAACAUAUAUACCUCAUUAAUAAGGCUUGUAGUCAAGCAGACCCCCUAGAAAGAAUGGAGGCUGUAGCUGCUUUUGCAGUUUCUGCUGUAGCUUCUCAGUGGGAGAGAACUGGCAAACCGUUUAACCCGCUGUUAGGAGAAACCUAUGAAUUAACCAGGGAGGAUUUAGGAUUUAGGUUUAUAUCUGAGCAAGUCAGCCACCACCCACCUAUUAGUGCAUUUUACUCUGAAGGCCUCAAUAAGGUCUUUUUUUUUAUAGAAGCGGAGCCUCGGGGAACAAUUACUUUGGAGCUUCUGAAACAUAAUGAAGCUUACACAUGGACAAAUCCGACCUGUUGUGUACAUAAUGUAAUUAUUGGUAAACUGUGGUUAGAACAAUACGGAACAGUAGAAAUCGUAAAUCACAGUACUGGAGAUAAAUGUGUCCUUAAUUUUAAACCGUGUGGACUGUUUGGGAAAGAGCUUCACAGAGUAGAGGGAUACAUUCAGGACAAAAGCAGAAAGAAGCUGUGCGUCAUCUAUGGCAAGUGGACGGAAUGCUUGUGGUGCACUGAUCCCACUACGUAUGAGACUUACAAAAAGAAUGAAAAGAGAGGUGGUGAGCAGAAGAAAUCGAAGCCGAGCGAAGAUGUUAUUAAAUCCGAAAAUGAUGAGGCUGAUGAUAUGCCAGAGGUUCAAGACACAGUGCAGUUCAUACCGGGCAGUAAAUUGCUUUGGAGAAUAAAUUCUAGACCACCAAACUCAUCACAGAUGUACAAUUUCACCAGUUUUGCUGUGAGUCUCAACGAGCUAGAAAAGGGCAUGGAAGCAAUAUUAGCUCCCACUGACUGUCGGCUACGUCCAGAUAUCAGAAAUAUGGAAAAUGGAAACAUGGAUGUGGCUAGUAAAGAAAAAGAGAGACUAGAAGAGAAACAAAGAGCUGCUCGCAAGGAGCGUGCAAAAGAUGAAGUGGAGUGGCACACACGAUGGUUUCAUCAAGGCACUAACCCGUACACUGGGACUUCAGAUUGGCUGUACUCAGGUGGCUAUUUUGAUAGAGAUUUCUCAGACUGUCCAGACAUAUACUGAAAUUACGGAACCCACUGCUCAUCUCAUCUGGACAUCUAGUUACUAGAUUUCAUUCCAAGCCAGUUACUCUGGUUUUGUUUAUAGCAAGAACCAGCUUUUCUAAGUAAAUAUUAAAAAAAUUCUAUCAGUCAACAAUCAAGGAUUUAAUUAUCACUAACGUUGGAUUGCCAAAUAUUUAAAUACCGUUCCGUUCUUUCCAUAAAGCUGCACCUGAAAUCAUCACGUCUUCACUAAUUGUCAAAGGGACCUUUGGUUCUCCAUUUUUUUCCCUAGUUUCUUUGUCAGGAAGAUAUACGCUGUAUCCGGUAGAGCACAUAACAUCCUUGAAAACUACGUAACUUAAAAUAGAGAUAAUAUCCUUGUUACUUAGUACAAUAGUGAAGAAUCUGAAGUUUUUGGAACUCUGAGCAGGGAUGAAAAGCUAAUAUGGUACCGACAGGAUCAAAUCUUGUACUGUUGAUACUCCCCGGGAAGAGAUGCAUGUGAACCUUCCACACGGUAUGUAGCACUACGUGGGGGCCGGAGCUCCUGGCCCCUCUCUCUC